AUGUUGCAGAAGUGUUUUGGGGAGUCUACUCUAUCGAGAACGCAAGUAUUUGAGUGGCAUAAAGCAUUCAGUGAGGGUCGUGAGGUCGUAGAAAACUUGUCUCAUGCGAGUCGUCCAUCCACCUCUGUUAACGACGAUAACAUGGAAAAAGUGAAGGAAAUUGUGCUUGAAAAUCGUCGUGUUGGCAUUAGAGAGAUAGCAGAAGCUCUCAACAUCUCUUAUGGAUCGACUCAACACAUUUUGGUUAAUGUUUUGGGUAUGAAGCGCAUCGCCGCCAGACUCGUACCGAAAGACCUGAAUAAAAGUCAUCGCUCAGCCACCAGACCCUUUAAUCAGAGACUGGCCAUCUGGAUUUUGUCAAAUUUUUUCGAGCGAAAAAGGAGUAUAGGCCAUCUCACUCCUCCAAUAGCGGUGAUGUGCAAUAUGCAUGAUGUAUACACACCACCGUUCGUGGAGGAGUGA